AUGACCUCGUCGUUCUGGUUCGACGAGGAGGUGACGCCGGACCUGUCCAUGCGCAUGCGGCUCAAAACGCUCACCUUCGACGAGCAGAGCGACUUCCAGCGCGUGCAGGUCAUCGAGACGGCGGAGUUCGGCACGACGCUGGUGCUCGACGGCAAGACGCAGUCGGCCAAGGUCGACGAGUACGUCUACCACGAGUGCCUCGUGCACCCGGCCAUGCUGCUGCACGGCAACCCGAAGCGCGUCUACAUCGGCGGCGGCGGCGAGCUCGCGACGGCGCGCGAGUGCCUCAAGCACACGAGCGUCGCGGAGGUCGUCAUGGUGGACCUCGACGGCAUGGUCGUCGACGUCUGCAAGAAGGAGCUGCCGAGCUGGAACGCGGGGAGCACCGAGGACCCGCGGCUCGACCUCCGCAUCGGCGACGCGCGGAGCUACCUCCUGGAAGAAUCGUCGGGCACCUUCGACGUCGUCGUCCUCGACAUCUCGGACCCCAUCGAGGCCGGCCCGGCGGUGCACCUCUACACGCAGGAGUUCUACGAGCUCGUCGCGAAGAAGCUCAACCCCGGCGGCGUUCUUGUGACGCAGUCGGGCCCCGCGGGCCUCAUCAACCACACGGAGUGCUUCGGCGCCAUCCACCAGACGCUGAAGAUGGCCUUCCCCUGCGUCGUGCCCUACUCCGUGACCAUCCCGUCCUUCGGCUCCGACUGGGGCUUCAACGUCGCGACGACGCUCGCGACGGACGCGAAGGCCGUCCGCGAGCGCAAGGUCGAGGACCUCGACGCGGCCAUCGCGGCCAAGGUCUCCGGCGACCUCCAGCACUACGACGGCCAGAGCCACCUCUGCAUGUUCAACCUCAUCAAGACCGUCCGCGACGGCAUCGCCGCGGAAACGCGCGUCAUCACCGAGGCGAACCCCGUCUUCAUGUACUGA